UUGAUUCAAGCAAUAGGAUUGAGGCAUUUCUCAACGCUCAUAGUCGAAGGCAAUUAUAUCGCCAUCAUUCCGAACUCCCAAAUCGUCCCUAUCCCAAAUCCGUACCAAACCCGCCCAGGGUAUUACUUCCCGAUACAGAACACUUCCCCACGACAACACUACAGCACCAGGUUUCUCGAUUCCUGGAUGUGAAUUUUCGGAUCGUCACUUCCUUCGAAUUUCUCCUAAUCAUUACGAACCCAACAUAUCCUUCCCUAACCAUCACCAUGUCAUCCGCCGGCCCCAGCGAACCCAUCUCCGACCCGACCCCCAACACUACCAACCCCGCCCCCGAACCAGAGAUCAAGACCGAACCCACGCAACAAUCAGAAUCCGACAAUACGCUCGUCGCCCCGGCUGAUGAUGCGGACGCGGAACCAUCCCUCGACGCAACGCAGCCGGACCCGAUGAAUCUGGACGGCGGGAACGACGUGCAGAUGAACGGUACGGACGAGCGAAAUGGAGCGGCACCACUGUCUGCGGCGCCGGCGGGGCCGUCAGGACCGAGGAUUGCGCAGAAGAAGGAUGUGACGUUGCGGGACUUUCUGGGGAAGAUGGAUGACUAUGCGCCGAUUAUCCCCGACGCCGUCAUCAACUACUACCUCACCCUUGCCGGCCUCCCCCCCCCCCCCCAAACCCCCCCCCACCUCGCCCGCCUCCUCGGCCUCGCCACCCAGAAAUUCAUCGCCGACAUCGCGGCCGACUCCUACCAAUACUCCCGCAUUCGCUCCUCCAACACCACCUCCAACAACCCGAUGCAAGGUCUCGGCGGCGUCGCGACCUUCGGCACGACGGCGGGCGGACCGAGCGGGCCGGGUGCGGCGCAGGGACAGGGCGGCGGGAAGGACGCGCCGGUGGCGAAGGCGGCAAAUUUGGGGGUGCAGCGGCCGGGGUAUGGAGGGGGUGGGCAGGGAGGCGCGAGUGGGCGGACGGUGUUGACGAUGGAGGAUUUGGGUAUGGCGGAAGGGGGAUGGAUGGGUGGCAUUAAUUAUGGAUUGCAUUUCGUCGUGGAGUUUGGGACAUGGGACGGACACGGGUGGAUACCCCGUUGGCAUCGAGGGUUCAAACUCUGAGGAUUCUAGUAUACAUAUGGUAUCAUGACUAUAUUCCAUCGCCCUGGAACUCCGGCCAAUGCGAUGUC